AUGGCCGAUGUUACACCCCCGACCGCUAUCGGCCUCGUUGCUGAUGGCGACCUCAACCCGGAUUUCCAGCAGCCCGAGACGAUCAUUGAGGAGCAACAUCACAACCACUCGCAGCCAAUUGCCGCACCCAUGGAAGAUGUUCCACCGAAAAGCCGGAAUCGCCGGCGGCUGUUCCGUGGGCUCUCUCGCAUGUCAUCGUCAUCCAGCCUCGCACAGACUGGCCGCGCUCGCUCAGCCAGUGCACCGUACGCAUCUACCGGUGCCAGUCUAUCUUGCAUCGCUCUGUCGUCCACAUCGUCUCCGUUUGCGCCGUCAUCCAGCGUGAACAACUCUACUCUCGCCUUCCCUCCGCUUUCGUCAACUACUACGAUCGGUUCUAAUAAUGGCGCUGUUUCGUCGACUCCCUCGCCUCCCUCCACAGCGACAUUGCCCUUCCCUCCGUUUCCACAUUCACAGAGCAGCAAUGCUGUUCGCAAGGUGGAUCUCAGUCUCGGGAACACCUCUGGCACCCCUGGCACGGUCCCUAUGCCCCACGACAUGGUCAGGGCUGCAUCCUUGCCCUUGUUUUCCCCUCGGCCUAAGAAAACUUUAUAUCAGCUGUGGAACAGCCUACCGCGCGAAAUCAAGUUGCACAUUCUUCAACUCUUGCGGCCAAAGGAGAUCAUCCGUGUUUCUCGAGUGAACAAACAGUUCAACAAACUCUGCUUUGACGGACAGCUGUGGACCACCUUCGACGCCUCCGAAUUCUACCAGGACAUUCCGGUGGAGUGUCUUUCCAAGAUCAUCACGGCGGCUGGGCCGUUUGUGAAAGACCUGAACCUGCGCGGUUGCGUCCAGAUCGACAAGUUCCAGGAUGCCCUUCUCAUGGCCAGCGCGUGCGCCAAUCUUGUUAAUGCCACCCUCGAAGGCUGUCUCAUCGACUUUAAGAACCUGGACAACCUCUUGAAGAGAAACGACCGACUGGCCCAUAUCAAUCUCACUGGCCUAUCGAGUGUCAGAAAUGACACCUGCACGACUCUCGCCCAAUACUGCAACCAGAUCGAGGUGCUCAAUUUGUCAUGGUGCAAGCACCUUCGGGCCUCUGGAAUCCAGACCGUCCUCAAAGGCUGCCCGAAACUACGGGACCUUCGCGUUGGCGAGAUCCUUGGAUUUGACCAGAUCAGCGUUGCCAAGACCUUUUUCGAGACCAACCGGCUUGAGCGACUGGUCAUGAGCGGAUGCACGGAUCUCACGGACGAGGCACUGGGUGUCAUGGUGCAUGGCGUCGACCCCGAGAUCGACUUGCUGACCGACCGCCCCAUUGUGCCCCCGCGCCGCCUGCGCCAUCUCGACCUCAGCCGCUGCCAGAGACUGACAGACCGUGGCGUUGCUGCUCUGGGCCAUUGCGUUCCGGAUCUGGAAGGCCUUUCGCUCGGCGCCUGCAGUGCGCUAACCGAUGCGGCGCUGCAGCCGAUAUUCGAAUCAACGACCAAGCUGGCCUACCUCGACCUUGAGGAUCUCGUCGAGCUGACCAACCCUCUCUUUUCCACGUAUCUCGCCAAGUCCAAGUGCGUCGACACUUUGACGCAUAUGUCCAUUAGCUACUGCGAAGACAUUGGCGAUGCGGGCAUGAUCCCCGUUCUCCGCGCCUGCACAAAGCUCCGCAGCGUCGAGAUGGACAACACGCGCAUCUCGGACUUGACGCUAGCUGAGGCAGCGGGCAUGGUGCGCACCCGUGCCGUCCGCACCCGUGUCAAAAAGCACCGUCCCAGCAUUGGACUUAGCCUGACAGUAUACGACUGCCCCAACGUCACCCGCACAGGUGUACGGGAGAUUUUGUCGCGCAACGCCGAAGUUCUCUCGCCGCACAAGGCAGUGCAGAACGGCGUCACCAUCACCAGCACACCAUCAGAAACGGCCGGCGUACCCGUGUACACCUUCCCCACCGAGAUCAUUGCCCUCAAGUGCUUCUAUGGCUGGCAGAUGACGGUCGACGAGCACAACAAGCGCGUCCUCAAGGGCGACUUUGCCGCGGCCCACCGCUUGGAGCGCAAGUGGUCUGACUUUAUCCAGGCCAACGAAGAAGCCGGCGUCGGCGGACGCGGCAGUCGUCGCCGCCGCCGUCGCGCUCGUGAGGCACAGCAGGCACACGUCGACGAAGAAACUGCUGGCGGCGGCGACGUUGAGGCCGGCACAGGGGCAGCGGGAAUGGGCAUCGGGCGCCGCCGCGCUCGGACGACUGCAUGCGCUAUCAUGUAA